CUAGGGGAGGAUGCUGUGUAUUUUUCAAAAUCUGAACUUACAUGCAAUGUUGCAAAGAUUGUUUUCCAAAUGUCUUUAUGACUUUAUUAGCUGGAUAGGCGAAAAAACAGGACUUAUAUGAACAAUACAUACAGUAUAUUUUGUUGCCUGAUAUAUGUGAAUAUUUUCACAGCCAUUAUAGAACAUAAAAGUAGAAAACUUCCUUAAACUGUCAAAGUUUUUUCACAAUGGUUGAUUGUAAUUGUACUGCUGUCAGUGAAUAAUGGUAAAGUUUUCACUUUUGAAAAAGGACAUUUUGAAUCUCUGUCAUGUGUGAGCCUAGAUAACCUGGAUAUAUGUCUCUUCUUUCAUUGAACUGAACAUUUGUUUGAAAUGUUAGUUUGCUUGUGCAUGUUGCAUGUGACACUGACAUUUUUUCAACCAUGUGUAUUCUUUGAAGUGCCUGAAAUUUGUUAGUUAUGCUGAAAAAUGCUGGUGAAAAUGUUGAAAUGUGCAACUUAUGCAACAUAAAUACAUGCAGGCUUAUGUUAUGUGUCUUGUUGAAAUAAGUGUUCAAUAGAAAAUCUUAAUCAGGCCAUUUUAAUACCUAGUAACUUUCCUUUUUGUCCUCUUUUGAUCUGUCUUUUCUUCUCCCUCUCCCUCUCCCUCCAUCACUCUCACUUCUCUUCUUCCAGCUCUGCUGCUGUGCAGACAUGAAGAGCAACAACAGCCUGAAUCCUUUAUACUUUCAGUUCACACUAUUCGGAGAUUCUGGGCCCCUCAGAUAUCUGUUCUUCUGUCUGUGUCUGUUGAUCUACAUGACUAUAAUCUCUGCAAAUGUUCUCAUUAUUCUGACAGUCUGCCUGGAGAAGACUCUUCAUCAACCCAUGUACAUGUUUAUCUCCUUUCUGUCUUUAAACUCUCUGUACGGCUCAGCCGGCUUCUUCCCGAGGUUCUUGAUGGACAUUCUGUCUGACACUCAUUUGAUCUCACGUGCAUCUUGUUUCAUUCAGAUGUAUGUUAUCUACACCUAUGCAUCAUACGAACUGACUAUCCUCGGUAUCAUGGCCUACGAUAGAUUUGUUGCUAUUUGCCAACCUUUACACUAUCACAGCAAAAUGACGUUGAGUAUGGUGAGGCAUCUUUUGAUUUUUGCUGUGCUCUACCCUGCAGUUGCUCUUGGCUUCUGUCUUUAUCUUACUGUUCGAUUGCCUUUGUGUGGAAAUAAACUGCACAGGGUUUUCUGUUCUAACUGGCCUGUGGUUCAGCUCUCCUGUGUGGACACAACCCUGAACAACAUAGUUGGUCCGUUUGUUGUGAUAACAAACAUCUUCAUGCCUCUUUUUUUUAUCCUGUACACCUAUCUACGGAUUCUGCUUGUGUGCAGGAGAAGCUCAUCAGAAUUCAGAGGAAAGGCCUUACAAACCUGCCUGCCCCACAUGGUGACAUUUGUAACCUAUUCGUUCUCUCUCGUCUGUGAGCUGUCACUGACUCGAUUUGAGGCUGAUAAAAUGAAUCAAAUCAUCAUAGUUGUUUUAUCUUUAGAAUAUCUGAUCAUUCCCCCCAUCAAUAACCCUCUAGUUUAUGGCCUGAAUCUGCCUCAAAUCAAAGGAGUGAUUUUUAGAUUUUUGAAGAUACACAAAAUGGUUCCUGCUGUCAAAAUUUAAAACUCAUCAUGCACAUACUGUAUAGCAAACAAUGAAGCUUUAAGCCAGUGUUGUUGACAAAAUAUACUUCUGGAAUAUGUUGAAUGUAUUUAUCCAUGGAUUUUUUUGCGAUCACAUUAAUUUUAAGGAGACCUGAAUAUCUAUGAAUAGAAUAGAUGUAAUAUUAAAAUAGAUAAACCGGAACCACAACAAUGAUAUUGAUAUUGUACAAGUUAAUGUAUUGUUCAACUGACAGCUCCACAGGCGAAAAUACAUAUUUGAAACUCACUAGCCUAGAAUUCGAUUUGAUAGGUUUUUAGGUGUGUAUGGUGGGAAUUUGGAUGUUAGAUGUAUCUUUGUACUCUGCAUUUAUUCUAUGUGUUAACAUUAUUUUGUUUUCAUGUUGUGAAUCGGUUUCCCUUUGUGAUUAUAAUAACACUUAACUGUAAUGACGUAGGAUAAUCAACAAACAAGACUAAGAGUGUACAGACAUGCUAGCUGUACUUAGAAGCUGUACUUUGUCACCAUGUUCUGCAACAUCAUCAUGCUAAACAUGCUCACAAUGACAAUACUAACAGGUUUAUGAUUACCAGGUUUGUAUUAGACAAAUUAAAUUUCAGACCUGAUGAUUGCACUAGAUGAAAAGUUAGAGGAUCACCUGAGUUUUUACAGUUCAACCUGAAGCCAGUGUUGUUGACAAAAUAUACUUCUGGAAUAUGUUGAAUGUAUUUAUCCAUAGAUUUUGUUUGCGAUAACAUUAAUUUUAAGGAGACCUGAAUAUCUAUGAAUAGAAUAGAUGUAAUAUUAAAAUAGAUAAACCUGAACCACAACAUGGAUGGAUGGAUGGAUGGAUGAACCACAACAAUGAUAUUGAUAUUGUACAAGUUAAUGUAUGGUUCAAUUGACAGCUCCACAGGCGAAAAUACAUAUUUGAAACUCACAAGCUAGAAUUCAAUUUGAUAAGUUUUUAGGUGUGUAUGGUGGGAAUUUGGAUGUUAGAUGUGUCUUUGUUGUUGUAUUUUCUGUUUUUAGCUUUGUAUGUUACUCUCCGUUUAUUCUGUCAAAAAAAAUUCUGCUGUGAACCAGUUGCCCUUUGUAAUUCUAAUAACAUUACGCUGUAAUGAUGAUCAAAAAACAAGACUAAAAGUGUACAGCCAUGCUACCUGCCCUAUGCUUUAUAUAGGCACAGCAGUGCUUUGUCACCAUGUCAUGCAACAUCAGCAUGCAAACGUGUUGAUGUUAACCAGGUACAAUGUUUACCAUGCUCAACAUUUUCUUGUAGUGGACAAAUUAAAUUUCUGACCUGAUGAUGGCGCUAGGUGAAAAGUCAGAGGAUCAUCAGAGUUAUUACAAUUAAUCCUGACAUAAAUGUGUGUAGGCUACUAAAUUUCAGGUCAGUCCAUUAAAUAGUUGUUGAGAUAUUUGAGUCUGGACCACAGUAGCUGUUUUAGUCUUAAUUUUAUCACAUAUUUUCUUGUACUGUCACUGUUGAGUCAUUUGUAUGUUGUUUUAUAUUACUGGAAUAAAGAUUUUAAAACUAAGAUGUAUUCCAGCAUAACUGUGAUAGAUGAGCUAGCAGAGAUGAAAAGAUGACGCUUACUUGGAGGGGAGACAUGUUGCAAUGGAUAGUGAACAAUGGAGGAAGCUAACUGUGGCCUUAUGUCCCACGGGGGACAAAGAGGAUGAAGCCAGUAAGCAGGUGUCUUGGGAUCAACCGGCCCCUCUUCUCAUUUCUCGUUUUAGUUGAAUUGGGUGUAGCCUACAUUCAACAAUGAAAAAAUGAGUGAUCAUGGUGAAAUGUCAUUAAGGAAUGCCUUUAGAACAGCACCUUGCGAGGCGCUACACAAACCAUGAAGUGCAGAAAGUUCGAUUGUGCAUUCGAUCAUCUUAAAUAAUGAAUAAAACUCAUGAAUACAAAA